AUGUUCUCUCCGACACCAAAAAGUAAAGCUGCCAGUAUAUGGUCUGUUGACUCGGGCUACGGCUCUGCCACUUUGGAAGAUGCCGAAGGAGUCCCUGUCAACCAAACAGGAAGCUCUUCAAUCCAUAAAACGGUCUCUCUGAUCGAGAAAGAACCUGUAAAUCUAGAUUUGCGCGACUCUUUCAGCCUUGCAGAAGACAGGACUCGCGCAAGAGCAAUUACCGAUUCGACUGAGCCCCAGGACACCAGACUCGAUGUGUUUACAUCCAAGGUUUGCUCGAGCAAUGCAUCGUUGUUCGCGACACCAAACAGCGACCAUGAUUGCCUCCGAUGUCAGCUCUGGAACAUAACAAAUCCUGGGGAGGACCUUAGAUGCGAAGACUGCGUCAGUGAAGCUUCUGCAUCAUCUGCGACUAUUGUUCGGGUUCCUGGACAGUCGGAAACUAUUCCUGUAGCAAUUCGACUAGACACAGUCGAGGAACCUCCUUCGCAAUCUCUCCCACGGUCUAAGGGCACCGCGCGAUGCUCCGCGUGUGAGAUAUCUGCACUUAUCCACCCGGGCCAAUCUACCAAUUGUACUUCAUGCACACCGGAUACAGAAGUAUCAUUCCAACCUCGAGUGAGCAAGCCAUCGGAAGUCAGGCGUUCGUGCGCCCGACGACCACCUACCAAACUCGAGUCGCAUGCUACGCGAUGUCUGCAUCGGUGGCUGAAGGAGAACCGAAACAACCCGUACCCGGACAACGAUACCAAGCGUUUGUUAGCCACAAAAUGCGGAAUCACUGAGAAACAGGUCAACACUUGGUUUACUAACGCGAGGGCGCGAAGAAGGGUAAUCGAUACGAGUUUGUCAAAUCCGGCCUCGGAAGACGAGGAUUCGCGGGAAACCAGACUUUCGAGCGUAACAUCGACGACGAUGUCAAAUGAAGCAUUGUUUGAUCAUCACGGUCCUAUUGUAGCCUAUUGUCCAGCCGAAGGUUCCAACCAGACCGGUAUAGUCACGUCUAGACGAGGCAAGAAAAAGGACUAUGGCCAGUCUAGCAGCAUUCGGCUUGCAGCGCACCAGGGAUCAGUUGCCCAAUCUGCAUCACUGUUGGCAUCCAAAAACAAUGAUGAUGGCGAAAAGCAGACCUGGCAAUGCACUUUUUGUUACCAGCAUAUCGCACGUAAGUCCUGGCGGCGCCAUGAGGAAACACAACAUCGUCCCAAACGGAAGUGGACAUGCUUGCUUUCUGGGCCAAGGAUUACACUUCCCUCGCGGUCUGAUAAUGUCACACUCUGUGUCUUCUGUAUGAUAUCAAGCCCUAGCGAUCUGCACUUUGCACAAUGCCACCGCAUAGCCGAAUGUAUAACCAAGGGCGAAGACGAAAGAACAUUCUUGCGACCGGAUCACCUACGUCAGCACGUCAGGAACUUCCACAAGGCGAAACUGGAUGAGACCAUCCGCGAUCUUUGGAGACGAGAAGGACCAGGCAACACCGCUGUGGAGAAUUGGGUUUGCGGUUUCUGCGAAAAGGUGCUGAAGACGUGGGAAGAUCGAGAGACACAUAUUGCAGGCCAUUUCAAGGACGGUCUGACAAUGACGAACUGGAAGGGAUACACACGAGAGGAUUCUGGAGUUGAAGCAAGAAAGAAGAGACCGACCUCGAGUGAAGGGAGACCUAACAUGCUCUCAAAGAUAGCUCGGACACUUACUGGUCGACCAGUGCACCAACAGCAUCACUGUGAGUCACAUGGCCAGAACACCGACAAUCUCGCUGCCACGCCGAUAUCCAUGGACACGACCGGUCGAAAUUUGUGUUUGUUACCAGAGCUGAUCUUUGACAACUUCAUGCUGGGAGUAGGUCAUGAUUACUUCGACUCCAACAUUUCGGACUUUACUAGCGCGUACGGGCAAGACGUUGUUUCUGCUAGACGUCGCGACUCAGCAUUUCCCGGUGAGGGUGACCCCGGAUUUAGCUUUGAUAAUCUGGCGGAGGAUACCACUAGCGAAGACUUCUCGAAUUUGGACACGUUUGGGCUCUGGUAUCAGUAA